AUGUGUAGCUCUUUUGGGACGGAAGACAGGCAGGAUCUGUUCGUUGCAGUUGACUGGUGGUUAUCCCGCAGAAUACCCCAGUGGUAUUCCACAAAUCCCAUUCCAAUACCCAGCUACCUCGUACUCUAUGCACCGGAUGCUACUGCCCCGGCUAAGGAGACCUUAGAGAUUCACCCAUUGAAGGUGUUGGUUAGGUGGACUGCUGGUGUCACACUGCGUGUCUCACCUGCACCGAUUGUCAAUACCGCCAGCAAAGGACCAAAGGCGACACGUGUCCCAAAUUCUCCAAUAAACCGAAAAAUUAAAGAAAAUAUGGGUUCACUUUCAAGGCUCAAUCGGCGCCUUAGCCGAAAGGAGAGUGAGGUUCUAGCGCCUUCUCCUGGUGGCAGCACGAAAGUCGGCGCAAGUGCUUUGCACCGCGAUCUUGAAUUCACGUCGAAAGCGCGAAGUGUCAGCGCUAGUGGCCUCAAACCCGCCUGUAUUUUUGUCCUUCCACAAAAACUCUCUGCCCACGGGUUAUAUUUUGCCUUCUCGCGCUGUCAUUCCAUGUCAGAAGUCUCCGCAUCUAUUAUCAAGUUGUUCCAGUCUUAUCUAAAUUCGGACCUCACCUCUGACAACUUUCGUAUAUGGUUCGUGAACAGGCCAGUUUCCAAUUCCAUGUUGUCAAAACCCUACUCAAAACAAUGGACAGGCACACAUGACGAGGUCGCAACAAAUAAACAGGAGACUAAACAUGUUGCUUUGACCGCAGUAAACCUGGAGGCUAGUAAAGAUCAACAGCUUGCUGAGUUUCUGGCCACGCAGAUCCAAUCUUCACAGCACGUUAAGGAGUUACUUGACCCUAUGGCGGCUACCAGCGAAACCUUUGAAUUUGUAGUUGAGUGUACGUUCGAACAACUCUCGUAG